AUGAUCUUCGGUGCUGCUUCUUCUUCCUCUUUUUACGUUUCUUCUUCCUUCUUCAACGUCGUUGAUGUCGUCAUUGUCGCCACCGCCGUCGUCAUCACUGCUGCCACUGCUGUCGUUAUUGUCGUUGUUACCAUGGCUAUUCUUCUACUUGAUGUUAUUGUUGAUGUUGUUCCGCAAUCGCUCUCUUCGCGCUCUUCCUCAGAUUCCAUUUCGUCGGGGAGUUUGGCGAAUCUCAAGCUCACAGCAGAGAAAUUGGUGAAGGAACAAGCUUCGGUAAAGACCGAUCUCGAAAUUGCGAAUGCUAAGCUUAAGAAAUCGACGGAGCAUGUCCAUGCACUUGAAGAGAAGUUGCAGAACGCAUUUAACGAAAACGCGAAGCUCAAGGUCAAGCAGAAGGAAGAUGAGAAACUGUGGAAGGGAUUGGAAUCUAAGUUCUCGUCGACUAAGACACUAUGUGAUCAGCUUACAGAGACUCUACAACAGUUAGCUAGUGUUGUUCAGGAAGCCGAGAGAGAUAAGGAAACUCUGGAAAAUAAACUGUCAGCUAGUUCGGAAGCUCUUGAUAGCUUGAAUAAACAGAUGGAAGGUUUGUCUUUGAAGCUAGAUUCUGCAGAGGAAACAAUUAGAACUCGUGAUAAUGAGCUAGAGAAACUCAAAUUUAUGGCCGAAGAAAGGGAGAAGUUUCUCAGAGAUGAACAGAGCAGAGUUGCCAAACUUAUUCAAGAGAAAGAUACUUCGAUAAAGAACUUUGAAGAAUUGCUAACAGCUAGUAAAUUGGAUACAGAGAGAUUGAAUGCAAAGUUGGGGGAGGUUCACCUUCAAUUAACAGUCAAGGACAAGGAAAUUGUGCAUCACUUGACCAUUCAAGAUAAGCUGGAGAAAGAAAAGAGUGAUAUUCAAUUGUCCAACACUGAGCUUACUGAAAAACUUGACAUUACACUCCUGAAAAUCAAAGACUUUGAAGGAUCAUUUCAGGCCUUGGCUGCACAUGUGAUAAAUGUAGAGAAAGAAAGCUUAAACUUUUCAAGCAAGUUUGAUGAACUGAACUCUCUUUAUGCUUGUGGCUUUGAGUUGGUCCAACAGGAGAGAGACAUUUUCUCUAAGCAUGCUCAAAAGCAAUAUUGUGAGCUUAAUGAUAAGUUCUUGGCCAUGGCAUCAGAAAAGGAUGCAAUUCAAAUGAUAAACUGUGAGUUAAGCAGUAAAGUGAAUGAGCUUCAGAAAGUCAUAGAAUCUACUGUAGCCCAGCAUACAGAGGAAUGUCUAUUAGCUUCUGAGAGAAUUAAAAAAUUGGAGGUGGAUGCUGAAAGUUUAAACUCCAAAAGGGAAGAAGCAGAGUUUAUGAUUUCCAAAUUAGAGGAGAAAGCCAGAGUUCUGUUAGAAAAUUCUAAAUCAUCAGAAAAUCAAACACAAGGUUUAUUGCUGAAAAUUUCAUCAUUAGAGACUGAAAGCAAAGAAAUUACUGAAAGACUGCAAGAAGAGAUAACGAAGAAAUCAGAGGAAAUAGAUACUUUGCAAAAGGAGAGAAUGAAGCUGGAGCAGAAUGCAGACUCUCUUCAUGAAGAAGUCAGACGGCUUCAUAAUAUCUUAGAGGACAAAGAACAGCAUAUUUUGCAGUAUAAGGAAAAGGAAAAGAAGCUGGAAGACCAGAUCACAGAGAACCAGUCAUUACUGACUGCUUCUGAAAGUAAGCUUUCAGAAGCUAGAAAGCAAUAUGAUCAAAUGGUAGAAAGCAAGCAGCUUGAAUUGUCAAGGCAUUUGAAGGAAAUCUCUCUAAGAAAUGAUCAGGCUAUUAAUGACAUUAGAAGGAAAUAUGAGUUGGAGAAGAUGGAAAUCAUUAACAAGGAAAAAGAAAAGGUUGACAUGGCUAUUGCUGAAAUUGAGAAAAAGUGUGACCAGAAACUGGUAGAAUGCAAAGAAGAAUCUAGGCUGCAUUUGGCAAGGAUUCAGGAGGAACAGGCUGGGCUUUUAACCAAAAUGCAGCAGGAGCAUGACAAAAAGCAACUAGCCAUGAUAGCUGAACACAAUGAACAGCUAAAGCAUACCCAACUAGAGGCAGAAAAUCAACUCAGAGAGAAAAUGAUGUUUCUGAGGAGCGAACAUGAAGCUGAGAUAAAAGCAUUGAGGUGUGAACUUGAAGAUGAGUGUCAGAAGCUGGAAGAGGAGUUGCAUCUCCAGAAAACCAAAGAAGACAGGCAAAGGGCUUUGCUGCAGUUGCAGUGGAAAGUGAUGAGCGUCAAGCCAAAAGAGGACCAAGAAGUGAAUUCAAAACAGGAUUACUCAAUUACAUCAAUUAAGAGAAGGAAUUCUUGUGGAGGCCAAAGAAAUCAGCAUGAAAUAGAAUCUCCUUACUAUGACGCAACACAAACAACACCAGUACCAAAGCUGUUGAAGACAGUAGAGAAUGUAAAAACUGGAAGUGCAUUAAAUAUCCCUAAGCACCAUAGAAAGGUCACUCGCCAUGAGUAUGAAGUCGAGACUUCCAAUGGUAGAACAAUCACAAAGAAAAGAAAAACAAGAAGUACGGUCAUGUUUGAGGACCCGAGAAAACAAAAGAGAAACACCCCCAAAGCAAAUACCCCAGGAACUGCUGUCAAGAGCAUGAAGGGAGAAGGUCAUCCUCGUCCCUCUAAUAUUGGUGAUCUGUUCUCAGAAGGGUCUCUGAACCCUUAUGCAGAUGAUCCCUAUGCAUUUGAUUAGAGCAGACCAAUUUCUGUAUUUCUUGAUGCACAUGAAUCUGAAAGUAAAUUGGAGAUAGAGGGCAUCAAAGCUGGAAGAAAUUUUUUCUCUGAUCAACAGCUUCUGACGACAUAAUGGUGUUAGCUGGAAGAAAUUUUCUCUCUUAUCCCCAUGUAAUAUUUUGUUUUCCUUUUUCAUAAUGUACGAUUAGAACUGUAAAUUUUAAGGCUAGUUUUAAAAUAUACAGUUUUCGGAAAUUUCAGAAUGUAUGCCAUGAUGAUGUUCAGCAAUAUGAACAUUAAAAACCAGUUAUCACCUCAA